AUGGCUUCGAAGUUCAAACGGCUGGUUGUCAUGUUUUUGUGUUCUGGGCUCUUGUUAUCAGCGAACGCCAGAGACGAUAAAAGAGGUUUGUUUUUCUUUUAAAUAAACUCACAACAUAGUCAAGCGUGUGAUUAGUGACAAAUGGCGGCUAAAUAGAUGUUAUUUAUUGCCCCAUAUAACGGAAUCCGGAUACCGGGAAAUUUUUUAUUGGCCUCCCGCAGGUUUUUGCUUCUGGAAUACGAAAUCCUGGGGUUUGGAAUCUAAAAUGAAGUUCAAGGAAUCCGGAUCUUACUAACGAUUGGAAUAAGGACUCUAAGUUCCACUGACAAAAUAUCUGGAAUCCAGUACUCGGCUGGAAUCUAGAAUUCACGGCGUCGAUCCAGAAUCCAGAACUGUCCUGGAUUCCCAUCACAUGCCGCUCAUAACUGCAAAAGGAAAGAACAAAAUUAUAAACUUCUGACUUUUCAACUCUAAGUCAAUCUAAGUUAUUACUGUUUCUGUUGGGGAGUUUAAAGCAACACAAUCCAUGGAAAUUGUCAGGGAAUUUUUCCUUCUCUGCGCGAUCAGUAGCUGAGCCAAUCACCUCAGAGCGAUUAUAUCACAUACAAGGCAUUGAGUUACAGCAUUUGUAAUUCCAGGCUAUUUAUAGAUUCAAGUUUUGUCCGAAACACUUCCGUAAAUCAGAAAGGGUUGGACUGGCAGAGAUCUACAGUCGUGGAUUCAAGCCGCUGGGCAGCCGCCAUUUAUAUUCAUUUGAAUAUCAUUUUUUUUGUUACAUCUGUCUAAAGAAAUAUAUCAUGCUGUUCUUUACUUUCGUUUUCUAUGUCGUCAUCACCAGAACCAACUUCUUGUGAAAAUAUGGUUUUGCCUGAUCCAGAAAGACAUCGCAUAGAUCGUGAAAGAUUUAAGGAAAUCUCAGUUCCUGAUCCUAGUUGGACUGAAACGCCGUUAAUAACGAAAGUUGGAAAAGGUAAGAUGGAAUCCUUUGCAUGUAAAAAAAAACGAUUGAAAGAAGCAUUCGUCUCAAGACUAAUAAAAUAUAAGUGGUGAAAUAUAACUCGAUCUAACACUAUCUAAGUACAAAGCGUUGACCAUUAACGUAAAUAUACUUGACAAGUCGUGUAGAAUAAGGAACCGAGUUUUUUCUGGCAAGCUCUGGCAGGCUAUAGCUAGCGAUGCAGGCUCCCUAGCUAAAGACUUCAUGCACGCUUGGAUGUCGUUAGUAAGCCUGUCUUACACACACAACAGAACAUCGUCAUUUUUGCAGGUUUCCUGGUUAUACCCUUUGAUCGUCCAGUGUUGAGAAAUAGUUUUUCCAACCGUGUUUUUUUUUUCUUUUUUUGUUUUUUCUUUUGUUUUCUUUUCUUUUUUUUCUUUUCAUAAUGUCAGUUAGGGUAUAAAUAUGUGUGGGCAUAUAGCGUGGCAAUUUUUUUCGUAAUAAUCUCACGAGCCACAUAUAUCCUACAUCAAUGACCAAAAGUUUACUAAUUUUACAUUUUAGGACAUUACCAAGUUACUGGUCAAGUUAUCCAUAUGAAAUAUUUGAAGGAGCAGUUAGCGACUAAGGAGAAUUUCAACUUUCAUGUAAUUAGAGGAGGAAUGGAUGACCUUAUCCCUCGAUUAGAUAUUCUUGCUGAUACACUAUACCUCAAGGUAUUUGUAUACUAACAUAAUGUGGAAGAGAGACCGUUGAAGCACCUUCGUUUGUCACGCCGUUUAUUUAGGGCUACUUUAAAGACAAAAUUAACUCCUUUCGCAAGGGAUAAGUUAGCAAUUUUAGAAUGUGCACAAAUUUAUAGUGAAAGUGAUGGAGAGCUCAACAUUUGCUCUAUUACCCUCUUAUGUCAUAGAUUUUGCAUUUGCUCGCUUAAAGUUUUGGCGGGAAACAGCUUCGUCUUAUGGCCUAUUCCGCAAGCGGCAAGCUGAGGAGAAUGCUGUGUUCUGAUUUGCUAAAGGAGGCAGCGUGGCCUUAAGCUCAAGUCCCACUCUGAGUUGUUGAAUAUAUUUUUUACGGUAUCCCAAAGUGCAAGUUCUCGUCCAGCGGUCAGUUGGGAUUCUAUUUACCUUGUAACGUUCUGUUUUAUCAUCGCAGACAGUAAAGGGAAAGGAUAAUUAAGUAUCGAUUGAUUAAUUAACUGACUGAUUGAUUGAUCGUUCAAUCGAUCAAUUGAAUGAUUGAUUGAUCAAUUGAUUGAUUGAUUGAUUGAUUGAUUGAUUGAUUGAUUGAUUGAUUGAUUGAUUGAAGGAUGCACAGUAAUUUUCGAGGAGUUAUAAUAACUCCUCUAGUGGGGCUAAUUUAACCCCUUACAGUGGAGUUACUUUUUGGGGAGUUAUUUUAACUCCAAAAAGGAGUUUAAAGAACUUUUUUUCAGGAGUAAAAGUGACCCCAGAUAUAGAGGAGUUAAAAUAACCCCCAAAAAGGAGUUAUUCUGUACCUAAAAUUUUUACUCCACUUUCAGAGUUAAAUUAACUCCAAAAAGAGUAAAAACAACCCAUUUAAGAAGUAAAAGUAACCCCAUUUCGGAGUUAUUUUAACUCCAGACUGGGAUCAAAAAGAACUCUUUUUCAGGAGUAAAAAUGACCCCAAAUUCGGAGUUAAAUUAGAAGUUAAAAUAACCCCCCAAAAAGGGGUUAUCCUGUACCUAAAAUUUUUACUCCAUUUUUGGAGUUAUAAUAACUCCCUUAAAAUUACGGUGUGGAUGGUUGAAUGGAUGGAUGGAUGAAAGGAUGGAUGGAUUGAUUGAUUGAUUGAUUGAUUGAUUGAUUGAGAUGUCACAGGCCUCUGUCAGGGAAAAUAUUCCAGCUACCGGUGUAUAACAAUUCACCUUGUGUUCUUAUCCUUAGCCUUCAUACUCGUGCUUGAGUUGGUUCUUGUGCCUUGAUAUCAUUUUACCCUUUCACAGGGUAGCGUUCAUAUCUAUGGAAUCAAGGAAAUAAAAAUAUACGUGCGGUCGUUAAUAGCAGCGUAUGAAAGUAAAGUAUUUUUCUCUGCACCAAAAUGGAAGGGAGGGUUUAAAACAACGGUAGAAGCUGGAAUGAACGGAGAGGACGGCAAGGAUGGCAUCGAUGGACCACAGGGUAAGUCGAUAAAUUUUAGUAGUAAAUAAAAGAUAUCUCGUUCGCAGGGCACUUCAGUAAAGUGUCAUAAACCAGAUGAUAGGGAGCUUUAACAACGAUGACGAGAACGUCAAAAAAGCGACAGCUUUAUAAGCAAAACAAGAGACAAGAAAGAGUUAAAAUCAACAAAGUUAUUGUAAAUUUGCCCAAAUUGCUACGCUUUGAGCUUGUAACUACCUCUCUGGAAUUUGAAUUCCACCUCCACUUCCCGCGUGGCUCCCCUUCGACUCAGCUGUCAGACUUUCACCAGUCAGCGCGGAGCGGAAACGAGUGCGAAUGUAAACAAAAGUUGAAAAACACGUGCCAAGGGUAGUGACGUCAUUACUAAUCAGCAUUUUGCAUCGACUUUUUCGAUGCAGAUAUUCAAAUUCCAGAAACGUAGUUGCAAGCUCUCCUUCCUUUUCUUGUCCCGCCGCCAGCGCGCCCGGGAGAGCUUGCUCGUAGGCUAUGAUGACCCUAUUAGGGGGUGGUUUGGCCCCAUCGCGAGACCAAACCAUCCCACAAUUGGUCGCUUACAGGAAGGUAACAACAAUUGCUUACGAGAGGUCGUGAGAGGUGGUCUUUCACGAGAGGUUCCAACUGUAGUGAAUUAAUCCUGCAAAAUUUUAGUAUUUUGGUUGGAGGUGGUCGGGUGCGAGAGGCGGCUGCUUGUGGAGGUUCGACUGUAGUCAAUUCUCUUCCUCGGCGUUAAUGGAGAGAAUCAAGUUUACGGCAAACGGCAAACGUCGACAGAUUCAAGUUGAGAAUUUCUCAAAGAAGAAAAUGAGCGCAUAAAAAAGGCUCAAAACAAUUCUUAUGGAUACAAAUGGCGUGAAACUACUAAUUUAUGUGUAGAGAUAAUAAAUAGCAAACGAAAAGUAAAGGAGACACUUGGUCACGGGAUAAAUAUUCGCGUUUGCCGUCUGCCGUAAACGUGCCUCUAAUAUAAAAUUAGAGAAUUUAAGCAUCACGUAUAAGGCAGACAAGACGUCAGAUUCAAGUUGAGAAAUUCUCCAAAUAGAAAUUUGAAAUGAGCAGCUGGUUUCCCCGCCAAAUGACGUCUGAGAAACAAACGCGGAAAUUCCAUACUGAUGACACGUCACUACCCAGAUCUGGGUAGUGCUUCUUUUUGGGUAAAUCAAAUUUUCCACGCGGCACGACCAAUCAGAAGCGCUAUCCAGAUCUGAAUAGUGACGCGUCAUCAGUAUGGAAUUUCUGCGCUCGUUUCUCAGACGUCAUUUGGCUUGGAAACCAGUGGUAGCGUCGCCAAAUGUCGGCUGUUUUCUAAGGCUGAUAAAAACAGCUCAAAACAAUUGUUAUGGACAAAAAAUUACGUGAAACUACUAAUUUAUGUGUCUAAAUUAACAGUAGACGACAAGUAAAGGGGAAACUUGGCCACACAGUACAUAUUCGUGUUUGUUGUUAGAGUCGAUAGACGUAAACGUGAUGCUUAACCUCUCUAAUUUCUCUACUUCUCUAGUACCAGACCUCAAUGACUCCGUUCAGAAAAGGUGUCCGUCUCAUCUCUUUUCUAUUUUUAGUCGAAGUUUAUUGCGAUGUCGUUACCGGAGUCUUGGAAAUAAGUUCUAAUGGUGAGCAUGGAGCGAAAGGCCAAAAUGGAGGAGACGGUGUUCCAGGUGUCCGGCCCCCUCCGGUUAGAAACAUACUUGCUACAUUUUAUCAUAAUGCAUAUCAUUUCAAAACUUCAGGAAAUGUACUUUGAGCUCUCUCUGAGGUGGAUAUAGCAUAGAAAUAUUUCUUUCAAGUUUUCCUCUUAUGAAGAUGUUAGUUUAAUGGAAAAACUAAUUGCGCAAAGAUCGUACAUUCCUUCAGUUGGCAAAACUAGCUGCAACAAGCAUUAGUUCCCUUUUCUCAAAGUAAAGGUGUUUUAUAGUUGUCACUGUUUUAUUAGCUGUCCGUUUCAGUUACGUUAGUUUUGAAGAAGCCAUAUUCACGAUCAUUUAGCAUGUUCCUACUAGUUCAGUCUCAGUUUUGAGCUAUUUUUAAUGAAAAGAAUAGAUUUUGAAGUUUCCUGCUACUUGAAGAAAAUUUUAUUGGUCGCAAAAUAAUUACACAAAAUAUACUUUUAAAACACCCCUAUUAAAGAUUGCUAUGAAUAAGUUAUGACCUUCCUUCCAUUGUGUUAAGGCAUCCCUGAUCUCAACCAUUGGUAGAGAAAUUUAUUAUCAUUUGUUGUUCUCAACAGAGACCUGAUAGGCCUGCUAGUUUGUGUAGUGGAUCGUAUUGUAAAGCUCUCUUUUACAGAGGUGAACGUGGCGAGAGGGGAAUAAAAGGUGGGGAUGGAGGAAAUGCUGGCAAACCUGGUAAGAAAUAAUGAUAUAAUGCUAUCGUCCAGCAAUUCGAAACAAUGCCUAUACUGCUGAUUAGACUCAGCCCAAGGUGGACAGGUUAAAUGCCAUAGUUCACGCUGCGGUGGAUGGGACAUAAGAAAAGCGUACGAAACACCCUGGGGCCUGGAACUCCUGGGACGGCAACAACAACAAUAAUGGAUACGGUCACUCUUUCAUCUUUUUUUUUUUUUUUUACUGCGCUUUUCAUAAACAUCCGCCUUCACAAUUGCGUUUUUCGCUGCCGUCAAUCAUAAUUACGAUCACAAGAAACGAACCUUGAAACACAGAAAUACACAAAAGAGAUCGAAAUCCACCAAUCAUAAAUCACAAACCAUGACCUUUUGAACCCGUUAAAGUAAAGUUUUGUUUCCUAAGAGGUCCGCUAAGAUGAUUGACGGCAGCGAAAAACGCAAUUGUCAGUUGGCUUUUGAACUUCACAAUUCGCAUGUUUGUGAAAAGCGCAGUAAUGUUUGAUAUGGAUGACGUAUUACUUCAUUAAGACGCCACAGCGUAUUUUCAUUCUUCUGUCUGCUGGCCAACUGUGUCAUCAGGAGCAUUUCAUGAUCUCCUCGAGCUGCAUGUGGCCGGCAUUUUUUAUCGGUUUGAGCUCAAACUUUGCCGGAUGGUAGAACUUUGAAUUUCAAAAAAUGUUUCCUUUGUUUUUCGAUUUUAACGAUUUUGGGCGGGAAAAUGAAUUUUGAAAGGGCGUGACGUGAUAGACACAAAUGUGGAAACAAUUUUUGGAAAAGCACAAAUAGCAUCUUGAAAUGUACUUAUGUUUCUAAAAACAGGAACAAAAUGGCAGGAAAUUCAAAAUCGGAGCUUAAUACUAUUAAACCAAAUGAGCUUUUCAAAUUUUUUUUUUUCUCAUUUUAUUCUAUCGCGUCGUGCUCUUUAUAAAUUUCUUAAUUGUUUUGCUAUGUCUUGAAAUUUUAAUUUUGCUGUCAAUCUUGUGACGUCAUUUUCUUAGCAAAAAAACACAGUAAAAUCGAAAAACAAAAAACAUGCGAUUUUUCGGAAUACAAAGUUCUACCAUCCUGCAAAGUUUAAGCUCAAGCGAAUAAAAAUUAUGCAAAAAUAGUUCCUAGGAUGCGCUUUUAGGCGUCCUAUAUGUCCACCGUAUCACUUUAGCUAAAAUGGAGACGAUGGAUGGACGAUUCCACAUUGAGAGAGAAAUUCUCUCUUGUACAUAUGUGGUCACGUGAACAAACAAAAUUUCACAUGGAGAGAGAACCAGUUUUUGUACAAAAAAAAACAAUCGCUGGCGACUUGCACGCUCGUCUUCUUCGUUCAUUAUCUGUCACCUUCAUUUAGUUGAGAGACAGUCAGAAAGAAGGAAUAACUUUUUCUUUUUUCAGGGAAUGGUGGAGAAGCUGGUAGGAUAAAUUUUCGAGCUCGACAUAUCAAUGGAGAAGUCAGGCUUUCUGUUUGCAGAGGACAUGAAGCAGAGGCAGCAUUAAAUGGACGAGCGGGACCUGGUAAGUUAGCCGGAACAUUUGAUAAUAAAGAGCUUAAGAAAAGCCGUUUUUGAGCGACGCACGUCAAGGACCUUCGCAUUCUUACAUGGACAGUGACCGGUUUUGCCCAAAUUUUCAGUGAAAAUACAAUGUAGUCUAGACAAGAGAUAGGAUACUAGGCAAUACAAAUUGGUAGGGUGUAGGCAUACUAAAAGGUCUAAAUGGAAUAAGGCCUCACUUCCGGUUGACGUGCGUCGCUCAAGAGUGAAUAAAAGGAUACAUGCCUCCGACUUCCGGUUGACGUGCGCAAAAAAAUCAAUUUUUAGAGAGUUUUUUCCCCAUAUAGGCUCCGUCCCUAAGUAAUGUAAUAUCUUUCAAGUUAUCUAAGUAAAUAAUCACCGGAAAUUUCAAACAACUUUUGACGUUUCUAACGUUUACAGCUAUACAUAAAUUCUCUCAAGAAUCUUUUUUACCAACGUUGUCCUCGAUAAAGCCGAAUGGCUGAUAAGCAAGUUGCAUAAAGCUUAAAUUCUGACGUAAGAGCUAACACCUCACUUUCAGAUCAGUCAAACUCCUAAUUUAGCGCCACACGUUGGAAUUUCCUCUGACGUUGCGUUCUUGGCAACAAAGGCCCCUGAAGAAGGAGACUGUUCAGAGCCACCUUAAAAUUUUGCAAAACUCAAAAUAACUCUGAACCCGCUGAAUAGAUUGAUACAUUACGUACCGAUUACAAUUCAGAAAUAAAAAUUUGGUUCACUGACUAUUUUUUGACUGACUUACACUUAAAGCGUGUUUUAACAAGUUAUAUGGUUUCAGUGUGGACUAAAUUGAAUUCGAUGGGGACAGACGGUAAAUUGUUAUUGUCGGAAAUGUCUAUAAGUCGUAACCGUUCAUCAGCUGGAUGCCUAAAAUAUUUUCGUAUUAACAAUUCAUUUGAUUUUACUUCAACUGAUCAGAGGCACACCCUAGAUCUUGGUAGUGAUACGCGUCAUUAUGGAAUUAUUGUACUUAUUCCUCAGACUUCAAUUCGAGGUGAAACUAGCGUCGCAAAAUGUCCACUGUUUUCUCAGGCUGUUGUUUCAUUAAGCAUUGAAACGUUAAUUUAAAAUUUGUAACUUCUAAUAGAUAAAAAUCGAUUUCAAACGUGCUGCAAAUUUCCUUUUCUUUUCUGUGUCUAGGCAGUGAAGGUGGCUUGGGAGGAAGAGGAAGGAUUUGUCAACUUCUUGACGAUUUAAUAACGUUUUCAAGAUGCCUUCCUUUGAAACUAACCGAAAGAUCUCCACAAGGUCCACCUGGACCACCAGGAAAGAAGGGAAAAAGUAUGAAGAGAAAAUCAUUUACUGAGAACAAUGCUUAUUUGUGAUAUGUUAAUAUACCUACUAACUCAAUAGCGUUUUCCGAUUGGACGAUAACAAGUCACGUGCCAUGCGGAUUAGCAAGUCUUGCCAUGCAAAUAUUUUGCCGCAGUCAUGGCUAAUUUGGCUCAUGAGUUUACAAUUUGUUUUAUUGUUGAUCACGAGUAGGAAUGGGAGGCCAUUGCUUAAUUAGUUGGGAAGUACAGACUAACCGCACGGCAAGAGUUAGCUUUGUUUCAGUGUCUAAGCUUGAUAUACCCCUCCGGCAGUCGCGUUGUUGUACCUCAUUUGCACCCGAUUUAUCUAUUUAUUUUUAAUUGCACUGUAUCGCAAUGUCUAGCAGAAAUAACGUACAAUAACAGCCUAUAACCCAGAGCAAGCAACUUCCUUACACUCAUGUCAGGACUUUUUCACCAACCAGGUUAUUUUUAGAACAAAAUUUUGCGCCAAUUUAGACUAUCUUUUAUAUCCCACAAAUCAUUCAGCAAACCUCACUGGUCUUAAAACGGUAAUUUUUUUAACUUUCAGUGACGUUUAGUUUUCAUUUUUCAUGCCUUAUAUUUCGAAUGAGCUCACAGACAGAGUCGACCUUCUAUUUUCGAGGGGAAAAUGUCCUCUUAAGCGUAUCUAAAAUAAUCGGUCAGUGGAAACGCCCUGAUAUACUCUCUGUAUACAAAUUUCUCACUCCGGGUUAUGGGCUCUUGUGUAUAACUAUAAUAACUGUAAAUAACUACUAGCAAUAACCAAAGGAUACGGAAUGUGCGCUAAAGUAAUGAUAGACGGCCAAAACGCUCCUGCCAUAAAGUUAAGAGCAAACGGACAUAAACGACUCCAACAAUGUUGGGAGUUGUUGGCCAGCAAUGUUGCUUCCGUUUGCACGGUGCUUGACGCUGUGCUUUGGGCAAGUUUCAAGUGAUAGAUGACCUGAAAACACGUGAUCAAAUUACGAGCGCCAGGAAGUCCCGCGUGAUCAGAUUGCGUUCUAUGAGUUCCAUUCAUUCUUAGUGGAAGUGCAAAGGAAGCUGGCUAACACCUGCCGUGCAUGCGUAAUAGCAACCUAGAGAUUAGGAUUGCGGGCUCCCUUUGUCGCCCGCGAUAAAUCGCUUGGGCUUCCUGUGGCUAUUCGUAAGAUGUUCUAAGGCAAUCCGUAUGAAACCAUUUGCACUAAAACUGUUUCCACGGAGUAAAAUUUAUUUUUUCAGUUCAAAUUACUUCAUCCUUCAGAGCUUUAGAGCUAGUGAACUGUUUAGAAGAAAACGAAUAUUUAUCAAGUCAUGGAGUUGGACAUUUUGUCGCGUGAUUUGUUCUGUGAAUCACUUGACAAAACGUCUCGAUAGACGGCGGGGUGCUCGUGACCAGCGUCCCUGUUUAACGUUGGAGCCCGACAAAAUAUUCGAUGGCCACCCUGACUGGCCACUCCUGUAGAACAUGCCCUCUUCUCUCGCAAGAAUCGAAGAGGGGUUGAUAUCCAAGGUACAUGUGGCCUGAACAUCUGAGGUGAUCCACCACUGUCGUUAUUGACGCUGUUGUUAUUGGAACGCGUUCCUUGAAUCUCACUUCAGAACUUCUAGCUUCCUCCCCAAUGUAGAAAUCAUCACAGCCUUCGAACUGAAUUUCGUACUACACACCACCCCAUAUUUCUGUUUCCUGGGUGUCGGAUCUCUCUAUCCAGUAAAUUGAAUCUUCGUUUUAUCAGGUUUCAAAUACAGUCCUUGUGACAGGAUAAAUCAACUUUUUCUUCGCUAAUAAGUAAACUAUUUGCGAUGUAUUUUCUAGCUCAGUCGGUAAGUGGUAAAGAUGGUCGUUUAGAAAAGGUUUUCAUAACUGGCUAUAGAUGGGACGCAGAGAGGAAGAGAAACUUUCCACUUACAGCUAUAAACAUCAUUAGGAGACACGCUGAAAACUUGUUGCUCAGCAACAGUGAUAGUAGAGACGGCAAAGAGUCAUUGGAGUUUAUUCUAAGUUUCGCAAGCAGACGACGAGACAUGGAGUCGAUGAAACAUGGUAAGAAAUGCUGUCAUACAAUUUAAAAUAGCUAAGGUCGAAAGUAAUAUCUCAUGGGGAUACGUGUCUUCCUCUCUCGAACAAAGUUGCUGCUUGUGCCCUUUUCUUCAGUUAUACUUAGGUCUAUUCAUCUCCUUUUCUUUCUCUCUCUUUUUCUACUUCUUCUUCUUUUUCUUUCUCUUCUUGUUAUUCUUCUUUGCAAUUCCUCUUUUUGGUAAUUCUUCGUGGCAAUAAUUUUUCGAAUCCAGGACCCCAACAGCUACAUGCGUUACAUCGCCGCCAACAUCAAUCCCCUGAAAAACUUGCGGGAAAGUUCUGCAAAGACAGCUGAGUCUACUGCUGCAGGAAGAUUAAUUUUUUCCAAAAAUAUAGCGUUCAAAUUUAUGGACGUAAUUCUAAGACUUUCUUCUGCUAGAUAGUAAUAAAUCGGAUUUGGUAUUGAAAAAUAUAGAUGAUCGGAAAUGUUAUUAAAAAUCAGUGCAAGCAUUAUUUUUUUUGUCUCUUUCUUUCAGUGAUAAGACGAAAACUUGGUUUUCUGGGCAAAGAAGGUUACGAUAUCUUUGGAAACAACAAAAUGUUUGCACCUCGCAUCAAGUGGCAGUCCCUUGAAGACACAGUGGAACACAUCAAAAAUGCAGCUGAAAGUUACGAAAUUGCUUUCAACAAUAUCAUGUCUAUAGAGCAGAGCAGCCAGGAUUAUAAACAGGUCAGUCCUCCUUACCACAGUGACUGUUUAACUGUUUGGGAAUCUAUGUUUCUGACAUUUUUUUAAGUGCUGUGAUCUAACCACAAUUAACAAUGGGACGAAUUUACAGAGAUGGGUACAAGAAUACUCUUUCCGUUUUGCUGAUCGACUUUGUGUACGAGCGUCAGCCCAGGACCAUGUUUCUCGAAAGUCCUGGUAGGUUUUCAGGCCCGGAAAGCUAAUUUUUUUCACGAGGUAUUUGCAUUUAAGAUCAAAGUUUCAAUAAUUUUUACAAUGAUACAAUGAAACUAUCAGUUAAUGAAGCAGAAUUAACUGGUUUGUGCUCUAGGAACUGCUAUUCAACAGGUUUUGAAUUUAAACGGGUUGCCCUCGGGCCCGAAAAGUUUCUGGAGCUUUCGAGAAACGAGCCCCAGGCCCGUUGAUGUCGAUGAGAUAUCCGACCAGCAUGCUGAGCUAGGUCUCGUUGAUCUCGUGUCGCCUGCAUGCAUGGCAGAGGCAAAAACAAGGGAGAGGGAAAAAGAGAAAAGUACGCAAAGGAAAAGAGAAAGCCGGGGGGGGGAGCGCCUGCUAUUAGAGCCAGUGUAGUGUUCCACGCAGGCGCUUAUUUGUAUUGAAGGCUUCAUCACGCGCGAGGCUACGUUCUAUUGCUUUCUCAUCCAGCCCACAAAUUUCCAAACUCCUUUCCUUCUCUUCUCAAUUCCCGCCCCUCUUCUCCCCCCCUUCUCAAUCCCAGCUCCUCCUUUCUCUCGCUUCCUGUCUCCUUUGUAAGAUAAUCCAAGUCUUGGAUUCUAGAUUCCACGCCGUGGAUUCCAGAUUCCAGGUACCAAAUUUCGGAUUCUUUGUCAGUGGAACUUGGAUUCCUAAUCCCAAUCGUUAGUAUGAUUCUGGAUUGCUUGGGCUGUAAUCCGAAUUUCAUAGCCCAGGAUUCCGGAUCCCACAACUCCAAUUUCCCGGAUUCCGGAUUCCACAAGAAAAACUUCCCCGAUUUCGAAAUCUGUAUUCCCAUUCGGCAAAGACUGAGUCUCGUGCCCAGCUCCUUUGACCGUCCAAGGGCCCUUACCGUGUCACCAAUCGAAGUAAGUUGACGUAGAUACCGUCGCAGGCCCUUUUUUGCCGUUACAAGGAACCUCGCAGACUACUAACGCUGUGUUAGAAAAUUGUAUCUGAUUCUAUUAACUAAAACGCAAUUAUUGUAUGUGGUUUUUUUAAUCUCUUUUAUAUUACGUAAUUGACAACCAAACCAACAGUCCUGUCUUUUUUUGUAGAUUGCUUCCAAAAUGACUGCGGCGACAUCAGUACGAAUAAAUGGACACUUGAAGCGACUAAAAGAUGCAAAAUCUGGAGCUGAAAGUGAAAAACGAGCGUACGUUAAGGUAUUCAGAGUAUAAUUACCCUCGGAGUACUGUUACGUAAGGGUAGUCCUUCCAUCAAGGUUGGCAUGAACGCAUGUGUCAGUGCACUCUGAGUUCGACAUAUGUCACCACCCCUAUUGUUUUCCCAGCCAAUCACAAACCUUGUUUGGAAUAGGUGCAGGUCGGCCCGCCUAGAGUGGGUAUCGCCUAGCUGAACAUGAAUUUUAGAUUGCAAUUUUAGAGUGCUCUCGGUUACGAAACUUCUGCAGUGAUGUUUCACGACAUUCCAACUUUUCUGAAGCUGUUUGUAUGUAAAGAAUUUGCGAGUCUUAAUAAUGAUUCUGUACUGUUUACUUAAGAAUAUUCACUUUCUUUUAAACAGAGUAUUCAGCAAUUGGAGGAGCAGAUGAAUGAUAUUCUUAAGAAUAUCGUCAAUUUGUUACCCCAGAUUUAUGCAAGAUCAAGGUUUCAAGUCGACGACUUUCUCGCAAUACUUCAGGGGAUAGCAGGAUUUGCCUCAGGCAUUGCUUCCAGAGAUCCAUUCACGGUUAUUGACUCUGUUAUAGGUCUCGCAGGAGCGACAUAUUCAUUGGUAGGAAACACGUGCUUUCAGUCUCUUCAGUCGUAUAUGGGAAGCGUCAAACGAUGGCUGACUUUCGGACAGCAUUACAAACCUUUGGCUGAUUCAAGUGAUUUGGAUUUUGACCAACUCGAUGUUAGUUCCAUUCCUCAGAUCAUGCAGGUAUGCUAAAAUAAAAAAACCACUGCUUCGGUAGAUUCAAAAUGAUGUCGUUUUGUGUUGGAUUUGGAAUUCUAUCGCAACUUUUCGUUUUUGGCUGAAAAAUUCAUGGCUCUUUUGUUUCAACCAAUCAGAAGUAAAACCAAGACCAAUCUGUAGAUCUGCGCAUGCGCACAAAUUUACCGGUGCUUUAAGCUCGCUCUGCGUUCAUAGAUAGUCAUAGUUUUUGCUUCAAAAUCCAAUUAGUUCUUGUAUUAUUUACUAAAAACUUUGAGGUAUUGUUUUUUAUUCGUGUAAUGACCUUGCAGAUCUGUAUACAGUACUAAUGGCAGUUCGUUUUCUUUAACUGUAGGCCAAUCUUGACAUUAACAAAGAAAAAUUCGCCGCCGAGUUAGUCUGCCUGUUGGAUGUGGCUUCCGACCCAAAAGAAGUAGCAGCCUUCACGCAGCACUUAGAGUCGUUUUUCAUUUUGGCAUCAGCCCGUAUUGACCUGAUAGCAGAGGUUAUGACGCUUGACGGCGAUAUUGGUGGAUGUGAAUUUGAUAUUUCUCUCACUGAGCAGACCGAAAAGGCGCUUAAAGAGGCCACUGAAACACCAGGUAAAGUAAGAACUGCAUGUACACACAAGACAAUGGGAGCAUAAUUAUCAAUCAGAUUGUAUAUUUAAUAAAAAUGAUGAUGAUGAUGAUAAUGAUUAUUAUUAACAUUGUCAUCGCCAACAUCAUCAUCAUCAUCAUCAUCAUGAAAAUAGCAUUCAAUGUUUAUAUUAAUUCGAAUUUUAAACCUUUUAAAAAAUCAAAAAAGCAUUGCACAAGGAUGAGACUAAGACACAGCUCCAUAUUUAUGCACUUAAGUUGUAAUUUAACACGAAGGACAAGGUAUAUAAUAAAAAAGCCUCCGAUAACUUAAGCCAAGUCACUGUGUUCUUCUCUAAACCAGUGGCUAAAGAACGGUUAAAUUCAGCUCUAUGGUUGCUUGAGGGUCCUGCAAAACAAGGCCCACAUUACCCCUUAGGUUGUCGGGUAAGUUCGCUGGCACCACAUGCACACUGGCUAAUAAGAGUCUUCAAGGAAAGCAUUUACUAAAAACUCUUAUUUAUAAGGUAUUCCAAUUCCGAUUUUUUAUUACAGCAUUAUCAAAGGGUUAUGUGAGCUCCUCUUGAGCAAUAAGAACGUGGUAGUUCAAAUGUGCCCUAAAUUCUUCAAGGGGAGGAGGGGGGAACGCCCAUUCUGAUCCUGCCGGAGACGUACCUUCGGUGCCUGUCCUCGCGCACGAAAUCUUUGGAUUAUUUUACUGCUUCUUUUUAUUUCUUAAUUGUCAUUCUUUCAUUGAAGAUGACUCUAUUACCCCGAGUCUUCGGCAAAAGUUUCUGGAUUGUCUGUUCAACACUUACCAAGAACUUGAAUGGUCUUUCAUGAAGAAAAUAUAUGAACUUCACAAAGCCUUCGCUUUCCGUACACUAUGGGAAGGGAAUAACCUACUGGAGUCUUAUCGGCGCCUGGCCCGAGACAGUGCAAUGGCUAUUGGGCGCCUAAAUGGCGUUGUUUACCUCACAAAAGUGCUUCGAAGACUUCAAGAACUUAAAGAUAAAGCGAACAAGUGCUUCACUUAUAACAGAUACACCACUGGUAUCCAUAAAUGGAGUUUCAAUAUUAAAAAUGACAAAAUGGUAAGCUAGACGCAGAAUGAAGGCCCUUAGUAUAGAGGGUUAUAAUUGAUUAUCUUUAUAAUUGAUUAAUUAGUUAAUUUAUCUAUUACAUACUGCUAAAUAAUCAAAAACAUAAACGGGAUCUGAAAAUAAAACAGUAACUGACGGUGUUUGGAAUGAAAUAAAACUGCGCAAUCAGUUAAGAGCUUAAUGCUGUUACUACCUAUACCUCUAAAGGCUUAUUUACUUGAAUAUUUUUUUGGGAUCGACUGUGCAUAACUUUCAGUUCGAC